CCAGGCACUUACCCAUACUGCCCCUCAUACAAAAGAGUAUAUGACGUUCUCUCCAAAACAGCAAUUUCUCCCCUUACGCAGAAUGGUAACUUUUUUUCACCACUUGAAAGAUUCAACCCAUCGAUGAAUGUCGCGGGGAUUCUAUUAUGAAGUGACUGGUAGGAGUAUCAAAUCUGGACUACAAUUUUACAACUGGUUUUGACAGCUGAGCUCUGUUGGAAAUGCCACGGCGCCCUCUCUGAUGUGAGGAUGAGGUCCUACACCAGAGGGGCCCCCACAGCGUUCUUCAUAAGUCUACUGUGGCCCCUGGUGUCCCCGGUGGUGGGGGUGGGAGAGGAGACGGACCCCACUGGAGGGAUACCCUUCAUGGGAGGGAACUACGAUGGACACCCCAUGCUGUUUUUCGGCCAGGGUGAGGUGGAGGAGUUGCAGGAGGCAGCGGCUGGGACUCACCGGGAGAUGGCUGCAAGGAUCCGCGAGGCGGGGGAGGCCAUGCUGGAGCACCCUGAGGAAUACCUGCCCCCCUGGAGCCCGGCCGAGUUCAGCGCCCGCUGGAACGAGGUGUAUGGAAACAACCUGGGAGUGUUGUCUAUGUUCUGUCUGCUCUACCCCCACAGGGCUGGGGCCCUUGACCUGGCCAAGGAUUACAUGGAGAGGAUGGCAGCUCAGCCUAGUUGGUUGGUUAAAGAUGCUCCUUGGGAUGAGGUUCCUGUAGCCCACUCUCUGGUUGGCUUCGCUACAGCCUAUGACUUCCUGUAUGAGUACCUGAGCAAGGUGCAGCAGGAGCACUUCCUGCGGGUGAUCGGUAAUGCUACGCGCUUCAUGUAUGAGAAGUCCUACAUCCGCGGCUGGGGCUUCCAGUACCUGCACAACCACCAGCCCACCAACUGUGUGGCUCUCCUCACUGGCAGCCUGGUCUACAUGGCCCAGGGUUAUCUGCAGGAGGCCUACCUGUGGACUAAGCAGGUUCUGGCCAUCAUGGAGAAGUCUAUGGUGCUCCUCCAGGAUGUGACGGACGGCUCGCUGUAUGAGGGCGUGGCCUACGGGACCUACACCACCCGCUCUCUAUUCCAGUACAUAUUCCUGGUGCAGAGACACUUCUCCAUCAGCCACUUCGACCACCCCUGGCUCCACAAACACUUUGCAUUCAUGUACAGGACCAUCCUGCCAGGGUUCCAGAGGACUGUAGCCGUAGCAGAUUCCAACUACAAUUGGUUCUACGGGCCUGAGAGCCAGCUGGUGUUCCUGGACCGAUACGUGAUGAGGAACGGCAGCGGGAACUGGCUGGCUGAACUGAUCCAUCAGAACCGGGUGUUGGAGGGGCCAGGACAGGCCGGGAAGGGACAGAGAUGGUGCACACUGCACACAGAGUUCAUCUGGUAUGAUCCAAGCCUGACUCCCAGGGCUCCUGCAGACUUCGGUACAUCCCAACUCCACUACUUUGAGGACUGGGGGGUCGUCACGUAUGGAAGUGCUUUACCUGCAGACACCAACCACACCUUCCUCUCUUUCAAGUCGGGGAAGCUGGGUGGACGGGCCAUAUUUGACAUUGUUCACAGGAACAAGUACAAAGACUGGAUCAAAGGGUGGCGGAACUUUAAUGCUGGCCAUGAGCACCCUGACCAGAACAGCUUUACGUUCGCCCCUAACGGUGUUCCUUUUAUCACGGAGGCUCUGUACGGGCCCAAGUAUACCUUCCUCAACAAUGCAGUGCUGUUCUCCCCAGCUGUCUCAGGGAGCUGCUUCAAGCCAUGGGAAGGUCAGGUCACCGAGGCCUGUGACUCCAAGUGGCUGAAGUACAAGGUGGGGCUGGCGGCGAACGCCCAGGGCAGGGUGGAGGCGGCUCUGGAGAGGCAGGGGAUGGUGUUCAUCCGUGGGGAGGGCCAGUCGGCCUACAACCCUGACCUGAACAUCAGGAGCUUCCAGAGGAACCUGCUGCUCCUGCACCCCCAGCUGCUGGUCCUAGUGGAUCAUGUCCAUCUGGAGACAGACAGCCCAACCAGGGCCAUGAGUGCCUUCUUCCACAACACGGACCUGUCCUUUCAGGAAGCCAAAAUAGAUGGUGUGCAUGGAGCCUUUGUCAGACACGGUGAAGACCCGUAUAAAAUGUUCUGGAUGGAUGACACGGGCUUCAGUGAGAAAGGGGUCUUGGGGUACUGGAACUAUCCACGUGGUUACCCCUAUAAUGGCUCUAACUAUGUGAAUGUGACAAUGCCACUGAGGUAUCCACACACCAGGGUGGCCUAUAUCUUCUUUGGGCCGGGGGUGGACGUGCAGAGCUUUAGCCUGCGUGCUGAUGCUAAUAGGGUGGACAUUUACCUGGCCACCAACGAGCACACCUACACCAUCUACCUUCUGACAGGAGAGGUGACCAACAAGCCUCUGUUCGCCAUGGUACUGGUGGACCAGAAGAAGAUUGUGUUUGAGAAAGCAGCAGGAGUGCUGAACGACACGCCAGAGGAGGUGGAGGAGUAUGUCAACGUAGUAGAGGACAACCUCCAGCAUGCCAAGCCUGUUUUCCAGCAGCUGGAGAGACACAUUCUGGGCAGGGUACUCAACACGGCCAGCUUCCGCAAGGCAGCUGAGCGCCUCCUACAGUUCUCAGACAAGAAGAAGACAGAGGAGGCUAUCGAGAAAAUGUUUGCUCUGACUAAGAAACAGGGCAAAGGAAAGGGGGCCAAGAAAGCCUUGGGGAACCUUGGGAACGAGCUCUCAGAGAGCCUGCCUGACAUAUUUGCACAGAUCGAGGUGAGUGAGAAGAAACAGAGAUCGAAGAGCACAAAGCGGAUUAUUGAGGAGAGCUCAGAGGAGGAUGGAGACUCCAGGGCGUUUAUGGAUUAUGGAGACUCAAAUAAAGGCAGGAAGGGUGGCUUUGUUAAGGGUCGCAAGUUCAAGGAGGUCCACAUGUCGGCAACAGCCAAGAGUGACAGUCUGUCAAACGUAGCCUCUUAUAUCAGACUAUUCCUAAUCUUAAACAUAGCCACCUUCUUCCUGCUACUGGCUGUGUUAUUGACACGCUUCCAGAGAGGCAGAAGUCUACACACCCAAAGGUGUUUCUAUGGCAUUCUCCUCAUCGACAGCUUCAUUUUACUCUGCCUCUACUCUUCCUGCUCUCGCACACAGUGUUGACAUCAUUACUGUGCAACGACGGGGAAUGUCAAUGUACAGACAGACCUAUUGAACUAUUGUAGUUCGCCAUGGGUGAUUAAAAUGCACCAUACACCUCAGUCUGAGCCAAAUCUACCUGAUGGGUGUCCAGGAAAUCAUUAAUUCCAAAUAGGAAUUGAUAGACUUGACGAUAUUAAGCCAGACCACCUCUGAGAUCCUAAGCUUCUGUGGAGCUUGAGAAUGGAGUCUGUAUAAACUUUGUCAUGUACAGUUUUUAGAUUAGACCCCCUGACUCAUAUCAAAGAUCUCCAAGGCUAGCCACUAAAAUGCAGAUGUCUCUGCCUCUCUCUGUGUACGUUUUGACAUGCAGUCUGUCAUAAAUAAUAUAGAAAGGUCGGGUGAUUGUGGAGGCCAGGUCAUCUGAUGCAGCACUCCAUCACUCUCCUUGGUCAAAUAGCCCUUACACAGCCUGGAGGUGUGUUUUGGGUCAAUGUCCUGUUGAAAAACAACUGAUAGUCCCACUAAACGCAAACCAGAUGGGAUGGCGUAUCGCUGCAGAAUGCUGUGGUAGCCAUGCUGGUUAAGUGUGCCUUGAAUUCUAAAUAAAUCACAGACAGUUUCACCAGCAAUGCACCCUCACACUAUCAUACUUCCUCCUCCAUGCUUCACGGUGGGAACCACACAUGCAGAGAUCAUCCGUUCACCUACUGUACUCUGUGUCUCACAAAGACACUGCCGUUGGAACCAAAAAUCUCACAUUUGGACUC